CGGUGCCCGCAGGACUUCCCGGGAGGAUCUCGCGAGACCCGCCCAGUCCUCGCCGCCCGCCCCCCGCGCGCCCCACGUGACUUCCUGACGGCUUCAGGGACUGCCCCUCUCGGGCUAGGUUUCGUUUCCUCCGCCGCCUCGGAGUGCGGGUGCAGCAGUCGCGUCCCGACCCCUGGGAGCGCCAUGGCGGAGCUGUGCCCCCUGGCCGAGGAGCUGUCGUGCUCCAUCUGCCUGGAGCCCUUCAAGGAGCCGGUCACCACUCCGUGCGGCCACAACUUCUGCGGGUCCUGCCUGAACGAGACGUGGGCAGUCCAGGGCGCGCCAUACCUGUGCCCGCAGUGCCGCGCCGUCUACCAGGCGCGACCGCAGCUGCACAAGAACACGGUGCUGUGCAACGUGGUGGAGCAGUUCCUCCAGGCCGACCUGGCCCGGGAGACACCCGCCGACGGCUGGACGCCGCCCGCCCGCGCCUCUGCACCCAGCCCAGGUGCCCCGGUGGCCUGCGACCACUGCCUGAAGGAGGCCGCCGUGAAGACGUGCUUGGUGUGCAUGGCUUCCUUCUGUCAGGAGCACCUGCAGCCGCACUUCGACAGCCCCGCCUUCCAGGACCACCCGCUGCAGUCGCCCGUUCGCGACCUGUUGCGCCGCAAAUGUUCCCAGCACAACCGGCUGCGGGAAUUUUUCUGCCCCGAGCACAGCGAGUGCAUCUGCCACAUCUGCCUGGUGGAGCAUAAGGCCUGCUCUCCCGCGUCCCUGAGCCAGGCCAGCGCCGACCUGGAGGCCACCCUGAGGCACAAACUAAGUGUCAUGUACGGUCAGAUCAACGGGGCGUCGAGAGCGCUGGAUGAUGUGAGAAACAGGCAGCAGGACGUGCGGAUGACUGCUAACAGAAAGGUGGAGCAGCUACGACAAGAAUACACGGAAAUGAAGGCCCUCUUGGACGCCUCAGAGACCACCUCGACAAGGAAGAUAAAGGAAGAGGAGAAGAGGGUCAACAGCAAGUUUGACACCAUUUAUCAGAUUCUCCUCAAGAAGAAGAGUGAGAUCCAGACCCUGAAGGAGGAGAUUGAACAGAGCCUGACCAAGAGGGAUGAGUUCGAGUUUUUGGAGAAAGCAUCAAAACUGCGAGGAAUCUCAACAAAGCCAGUCUACAUCCCCGAGGUGGAACUGAACCACAAGCUGAUAAAAGGCAUCCACCAGAGCACCAUAGACCUCAAAAAUGAGCUGAAGCAGUGCAUCGGGCAGCUCCAGGAGUCCACCCCCAGCUCAGGUGACCCUGGAGAGCAUGACCCAGCGUCCACACACAAAUCCACACGCCCUGUGAAGAAGGUCUCCAAAGAGGAAAAGAAAUCCAGGAAACCUCCCCCUGUCCCUGCCUCACUCAGCAAGCUUCCCACAUUUGGACCCCCGGAACAGUUAGUGGAUUUGAAACAAGCUGGCUCGGAGGCUGCAGCCAAAGCCACCAGCUCGCAUCCGAACUCAGCAUCUCUCAAGGCCAAGGUGCUGGAGACCUUCCUGGCCAAGUCCAGACCGGAGCUCCUGGAAUGUAGUUCCUUCUCCCAUGCUGCAAAUUAUGACCCUGCAUUCCUUAACAAGGCAAUGAUAUUCAAUGAAAACCCUGCCAACUUACAGAAUCUGGUGUGGUUGGACAGUGACCUCCCCGGUCACGGGUCAUCUGCUGCUGCUAUAUUUAGGAUGGCUGCUCCUCCAGCCAUGGGGUCUUGUUACAUUGUCCCGCUGGUCUUGAACUCCUGCUCAAGCAAUUCCCCUACUCUGGCAUCCAAAGUUCUGCAAUUACAGAUGUUAUUCACAGAGGCUGGUCCUUUCAAGGAUUUUAAGUGCUUUCCAGUAGUCACUCAUAUGUCAAAAGAUUGCCGUAAGGAUCAGACAACUGGAGGAAACCAGCAUGGACUAUGUCAUUCCCGAGGGCGACUCAGCCCUAGCGCAGCUAUUGAUAAACAUCUGACUCUUCUUCCUAGACUAUGUCAAUAGCGGUAACUGAGAGUAAUGCUAUGCCAUUUGGUCACGCUCUCAGCUUGCUGACAGGGUGACUGAAAGUGGGGAACUGUCAAAGCAAAAUUAAAAUGGAAACUAGGCUUGAAACAUUCCUGAGCAAACAAACCAACUAGGCCUUAAAAAUAGCCCUAACCUACUUAAACUGUAAACAUAAAUGAAACUUAACGGGUCAUUUUUAGUAAAUGCUUAUGUUAGAAACAAAACUUAACCUCAGCCAAUCAUAAGCAGCCAACUAACAUGAUCAUGAGACUGGGGACUUUCCAAGAAAGUAAGCCAAAAAAGGCAACCAAUCAAAUCAUUUCUUAAUUUUGCUUCUGUAUCCACCCUAUGAAUACUUGCCUCUGAUGUUGUGUCAUUGAAACACUAAAUCCUCAUUGGGUUUGGGGUUUCCCAAGUCACGAAUUGCUUCUUAAGUACAUUCUAAAAUUUUAUUGUCUGCUUUUUUUUCUUUUACAAUAGUCCAUGUGUAAUACUUCUAGCUCAUCAUCUCCAAACUCCUUCCGUGAGUAAUUUUUUUGGUAUAUGAUGUUUCCUUGUACAGGGAAUUCCUCAGACAGCCGCAUAAGCCCUAGUCCUAGUGCAAAGAACAAUGACAUGUCUGCCAAUAUUUAACACUUUUAAAAUACUGUUGUUGGUGAUUGUGUUGACGAUGAAAGGCAGUGGGGAGGAUGGCCUGCGUUCAGUCUCUAGCUCCGGGCUAUCAGUGUAUAACAUGAAGCCAAUAAUGCCUACCUCACAGAAAUACAGAUUAUAAAAUAAAAAGUAAAAGCAUGUGACACCUUACUGUACAAUAAAUGUGUGAAGCUGUUUAAGUCCAAACAUGGAAUCAUUACAUGUAAGAUGGCCUAUAUGUGAACGUCAGCUGCUAUCACAGCCACAUUCACAUAUAUGUAAAUUAUCAAGGGGCAUUACGCUUGGCACUGUUUAAAAGAAAGCAGGCAAGUGAUCAAGUGAAUUUUUAUUACAAAAAUUUUAUAAAAAUGGAUUUCCAGGUAAAGAUGGCAGAAUAAAGCAGGACUACAGAAUAUUCUUCCUCUAAUGCCUAAUAAAAUGAAUAAAAGAUGUCACAUGCCACAGUAUGUUUUUCAGAUCGUUACUGAUAAAUCAGAAAGCUUUAUGAAAAUCCAGAUGGAAGGAAACACACAGUUCUGCCAUGCGUAUUAAGAUGCAUUCACUCUCCUGCCCUAAUAAUUAUCAUAUAACAUUAUGGUAGAUGAUAGUCAAUUAGUUGCCAACCAGUACUUAAAAAUUAGAUUUCAUAUACUCUAAACUUCUAUCUUUUCUAGAAAAAUAAAUUCUGUUCACACUAGGCCUGCUUCCCAGGAAUGAUGUGCUCCAGUUUACCAAAGUCUCUACAACUCUUAACCUUCAUUGCUUGUCUAGCUCCUGUAAGCACUUGCAACCCGUAGGUGGGCAUUAAUUCCCAUUCUUACAGAGAAAGAGAAUUUGAGGCUCAGGAAGAACAAGUAACUGCUCAGUGUUACGUUACAGUAGUGGAGGCUGGGUUUCCAUUCAGGUAUUUCAAAUAAAUGAUACAUUUUUCCCUACUCUACCAACUGAAAAUAAGGUGAAUUCACCUAUUUAAUCCCACUUACUGCUCUACUCUGCCAGGAGCCAGUUGAUAUGCGUGAGAAUGAAUAUUUCUCCUAACACAUGUAUCUGAUUCUGUGCUCUCAGGCUACAAAAGCCAUGCGAUAUGAAUUUUUUAUUCUUUCCGUCUAGAAGUAUGUGAUUCAGAACUUGCCACAUAUAUGUUUGCCUUGCUGUGGACCAAGAACUAUUUUUUGGGACACUAAGUCAAAGCUGCUUAUUGUAUCUCAUGGUUGUGUCAAAAAACUACACAGUAUCAUACUUAAGUGCUGCACUUUUAAUUUUAUUACAAAACAAGCAAGUAUCUUCAACAUACCAAAUGCUUUCACAUUUCUGCCUGCAGGCACUGACCACAAAAACACAGACCCAACACAACAAAAGCAAUUAACACAGGGUAAUUAAGUGGUAGUUACAAGUGGUGGACAGGGGAAAGUGCAAGAGGCCAGCUGGCUGCCCAAGUGGAGUCACCACAUGUGUCAUCAACAUUGUGGGUUUAGGGAUCCAGUGCAAUCAGUUCACUUCUAAGAGGACUGGGGUUGAGGACUCGAGCUAGGCUGCUCUAAACUUGUACAAACAGAAUUACAAAUGAGAGUGCCAAUUUAUCUGUAGGGUUCGUUUACGCAGUUCAAAUCUGAAAGACUGCUGGCAGAGCCCUGAACUGGAUUGAGAACAAACGUUUUUAUAAGCCAUCAUCAUCCAACUCCACAAAGUGCCUGCCUUACUCCAGGGUUUUUCUCAGCCAAAUCUACUCAUCAGAUCAGGAUGCCCUCUUGCCUGGACAAUGUCAGAGCAACAAGGAAAACAACUGAGCUUUCCAGCUCUUCCUUUUCAACAUUCCAUGUUAGUCACCAAAAAGUAACACAUAAUGGAAAUUCUCUAGAUUACAGCUUAUUUCCUGUUUAGUGCAUUCUGUGUUGAUGUCGUUGUUUAAUAGUGAGGUAGCUCAGGGCAUCCUUAGAGAGACUGAAGUGUUCUUGGUCUGAUAGUCUGAUAUCUGAUACCAGCAACACAUUUCUUUUCUUUUUUUUUUUGAGACAGAGUCUCACUCUUUGGCCCAGGCCGGACUGCAGUGGCGCUAUCUCGGCUUGCUGCAAGCUCCGCCUCCUGGGUUCACACCAUUCUCCUGCCUCAGCCUCCUGAGUAGCUGGGACUACAGGUGCCCGCCACCACGACCGGCUAAAUUUUUGGAUUUUUAGUAGAGACGGGGUGUCACCGUGUUAGCCAGGAUAGUCUCAAUCUCCUGACCUUGUGAUCUGCCUGCCUCAGCCUCCCAAAGUGCUGGGAUUACAGGUGUGAGCCACCACGCCCGGCCUUUUUUUUUUUUUUUUUUUUUGAGAUGGAGUCUUGCUCUGUUGCCCAGGCUGGAGUGCAGUGGUUUGAUCUCGGCUCACUGCAAGCUCUGCCACCUGGGUUCAAGCAAUUCUCAUGCCUCAGCCUCCUGAUUAGCUGGGAUUAAAGGCAUGUGCCACUGUGCCUGGCUAAUUUUUUUUUGUUUUUAGUAGAGAACGGCAUUUCCCCAUGUUGACCAGGCUGGUCUCGAACUCAUGACCUCAGGUGAUACGCCUGCCUUAGCCUCCCCAAGUGCUGGGAUUACAGGUGUGAGCCACCGUGCCCAGCCUCAGCAGCACAUUUCUAUUUAUAGUUUUUAGGUGAUUUAUUUUCUGCAGACAUUCUUGCAGAUGGUUAAGCUCAAUCAUUUAAGUAAGUUUUACAAAUGUCUGUAUUAGAGGAUGGCAUUUUAAAAUUCUUUCCCCAAAACCCUGGAAUGUACCUUUUUGGGCUAUGCAAGCCUCAUGCACUGACUACACAGGGCCAUAUGGGUAAAUAUAUAUGUAUUGAUGUGUAUUUACAUAUCUAAAAUUAGAUACAGACUACAUACUUAAAUUAGAAACACACACAACAAAGGCUAAGUUCGCUGCUUUACUAUUCAAUAAAAUAGCUUUAAAAACUGUGAAACAGCCAAGUGGCCACAUUCUAAGCAGCAACGGAGACCUCCAAAAUAUUCUGUCUACCAAAAAAACAUGAAGUUUCUGAAUAUGUAAAAAUUAGUAGAAAAUCAAUUAGGUGACAAAGUCAUUAUAGUAGUGGCUUUCAAACCCUUUAUAAAAAAUAGCAGAAUCAUUUUAAAUGUGGAAUUAUUUCAUCUACUGAGAUCUGAAGCAGCACUCAGUAUACACAAGUGUGGCUGCAUUGAUUGCAGUGAGAAGGUAGGAGCUUCCAUGGCUCAUUGCCCCUUGGAGGCGCACUGCACUAACUCCUGAAGCAACUCCUUGUCCCCCAACACUGCAUGGGUCACAGUCCAAAAACUGAUCCCACAUAUGAAUCAUACCAAUUUUUAUGUAACAGAGUUCAGACAAAUAUAUCAAUUUGGGUAUCAUACAAAUAAGUUUUUCAUAGAGUUCUUUUAGAAAAGUGAUUUUGAGGGAAGAGGACAGUGGAGUAGAAGAAAAACAAUUUUGAGAACAUACAAUUAAUUCAAUUUUUCGGCAUGGUAUCCCACCUAGCAAAAGCCCUAGGUGAAUACAUGAGGUUCAGACCAGAUGCUUUCAAAUUUCAGUAUGCUUAAGAAUUGCCUGAGCUGCUUGUUAAUAAAAACAGAGAUUUCUGUGUCGCAUCUCGAGAGACACGGAAUCAUUAAGUUAAGGGUUGGGCUCAGGAAUCCAUACUUUCAACAGCCCAGGCAUUCUGAUGCUGCAGACAGCCUGCAGCGCAUACUCUGAGGAACAAGAGAAAGGCUUCAAGGAAAAAACUGAAAAAGACAGGAGGACACUGCUUAAAAGCAAAACCCAAACCACCUUUUCUGUCUUGUUGCUGAGAAUGAAUUCAGAUUGGGAUAAACAACCUUUUCUUUCUUUUUAAAUAUCUAGAUAUUUUAAAUAUAUCUACUUAUAUUCCACUGUCCUCAACUGGGUAGAAAUAUUUAAAAAAUUAUCAAUAUAAAACGCUGGUUCUUACUUCAGUAUUAUCAUUUUGAAGGAAAACCACACAAAACCAUUACCCAUUCUAAUGACUUUUUUGGCCAAAUUAUGUAUUUGGGUCCACAUUAAUCUUUAAAUUAAUAUAACCUUUAAAGUUUUCAAGUUAGUGCAAAUUUAAAAUUCAAUAAAUAUAUUAAAUACAAUUUUACUUUAUAUUACAAAUGCAAAUUAUUUUUCUUUUGACAUGCUUAUUCAUUUUUACAACGCAAAUUGACUUUACAAUUUCUGAGUCACAGUAUACUUUAUAACUCUAAGCAAAUGUAUUUCAUGGAGCAAACACUAUAUGUUUUUGACAUACUCUAAAAAAAUAAAAAUAAAUAAUUUUGAUUAUAAAAUUUGUAUAAACAUCAGCUACAUUAGGGGUUCACAGCUAAUUGUUGCAGAAAACCUAAAACAGUUAAAUCAUGUAACUUUACUAGUAGACAACUUGUAUUUUAAAACACAAGUCAGUUUGAUUUCUAUUAAACAUGACAAAACACUGAAAAUUAUCAUCAUCUGCCUACGGGAUCUUUAAGAGCUGCCAGGUAUUCAGUAUUUAAGCCACUAUGUUUAUAGGAAUUAGGAAUGUAUUGGGAUAGUAAAAAGAUGAGAGAAAUCUGGAAACAGACAUGGAGAUAUGAUUUACUUCACGUAUUUCUUCCUGAGAAUGUAGAAGUUAUUUUUUUAAAUAUCAAGACAAUUUAAAAUGGAACAGGAAAAUCUUAUGGCAAUUUUUUUGGUAAAGUGUAGAAUCCCUGGUAAUAUAAACAAUCACUACCCUAAUAUGUAACUUGCAAACAUGAAGUCUUAUAAAUUGUACUUAUUUAAACAAGGCACAUGCCUAUACAUUUAUUUGAAAUGCUGGGUAAAUGUGCCCAAAAAAGUAAGUGAAUUUUGCAAAAAUAAGAUAAUGAUAUGUUUUAUGAUAUGGUAUUCUGAAAUAGCUUCCCUAAAUGAAAUCUAAAUAAGUGAAUAAGCCAGCAGAAAAACUUCAUGACAGAUCAGUAGUGAUGCAAAAACCUUACUAGAUUACGAUAACCAAAAAAUCAACUUAUUUAGAUAAAUGAGGGCAUUUUACAUAAGCCUGUUCUAAAUACAAUGUAAUAUUAUGGUUGGUAUUAAAAUUAUAAUUUUUAAUUGUAGUUUUCACAAUUAAAAACCUGUAUUAGUUAUUGUGAUUAUUUUAAUUCCAACAUCCUAAAUUGAUUUGCUUCUACUACAAUUAGCACUAUGAAUUAUAUAACAGGUAAACUAUAACCUACAGUAAAGUGGAUUUAACAGUGUAUUUAUAAAAUGUGAUGUCUUUAACAAUUUUGAUCAUGAAUGAAAGGAUAAACUUCACAAUACUCAGAACAUGAUUGGCCCAUUAAAAAAAAAACAAAACAAAACUCUGCCAUCCUCACUGCCAUGGUUACCUACCAUGAAAGGUAUAUAAAUAAGCUGAAAACAGAUCUGCCCACAAAGUUUCUCAGGACUAGAAUUUAAGAUCACCUGAGGAGAUCUGGAAGAGGUUAAGUUAGCAAAAUAAAGUAUUUCAUAAAAUGUACUGACUACUGUAUACAUUACUAAGUUUCUCUUUGAAAACAUGGUCUGGGCCUGAGGUGAGGCAAACUUAGGUUUAUGGCAAUUCACGGAUGACAGAUUCAUAAUAGACCCUCAAGGACAGCUAAUGGUAUUUUGGGGGAUACAUUCUGAUCUUUCAGAGAUUAAUGUCAUGAAAGACCACAAAGCCUACAAAUGGGCCAUGUGUCAGAAAAACACCAGGCUGGAUGCCCACUGGGACCCUUGGGCUGGUCAACAGCAGGGAACAAGCAUCCUCUAAUGGGAACCAUGAAACUAGCCCUUCAGUAAGUUUGUGGCAAUUGAGGGGCAAAUAAAACAAUGAAACAAAGCUUUCAGUUAUCCAAAAGUAGUUCCCUAGUGCUUUUCAUACCCUCCUUCAUUUUUCAAUACAAUGAGGAAUAUUUGUGAAUAAGAAUAUCUAGAUUUCUGUCAGGAGAAUUAAAUUAGAAUUUUAAUUAAUAGACUAAAUUUCUAUCUGAUUGUGACUAGCAGAAUUUAUGUGAUCAAUUUAACUUAUUAAAUAAAGCUACAAUUUAUUAGCUUUAUUUAAUAAAUAAACACUAAACGUAAACACUAAACACUGGUACCAUACCACAAGGUAAAUAAUAAAUAAUUUAAAAAUAUAUCUCUCUCAUUUUAAUAUAAAUAUGAUAUAAACAUUUUAGCAACGAUUUCUGUCCACUUACCUCCCUAAGGGGAAAUUCUGUUAAAAGACUACUGUAUUUCAAAAUACUACAAGACCACCAAAUUUUUAAAACUUAUCAGUCAGCCUUGAGCUUUUCCUAAGCAAUUAAUCUCACUGUUGUUUCCUUUAAGCACAUUUUUUGAAGUGUUGACACUGUCUUUUAAUAAAAAGAGAGGCUGAUAAACUGUUCAGCUCAGAACCUAUAACUUACAAUCCAAAGUGCUCUGAAUCUUAUUUCUUACCAAUUCACUUAUCUGUUUCUCUUUUGGCUACACUGGUGUUAUAAAAAAGAUCCUGAAUUUCAGCUCAAGUGGUUACCUACAGAAUUAAACAACAUUUACAUGUCUGAAUAAGUUCCUAAAAUAAAAAUUGUAAUACAAAUUUUAAGUAUGAUCUUUUUUUACUAUUCUCCUUUUGGGGGUUUCUGGAAAUCAAUACAUACACUUGGUUUGGGUUGUAGAAAAUCUUAAGAGGCAUGCUGCAGGAGGAUGCCCACAAUUAACCAUGUUGGUUUGACAGUAAUCAUUUCCUUUCAAAAAAGCAGGUUAAUUUGAUCUUUCCACCCACACCUCGUUGGAGAUAUAAUGUGUCCAUCCAUUGUGUGUCCGUCAUAUGCAUGGUUCAAAAAUAAGAAAUGAGACAGCACAUACUUCAGAGUGAGUCCCACUCUCAAAACAGUCAUAACAAAUUUUCACUCUCAUGUAAGUUUUUGUGACUUUUCGUAAGUUAAUACUAUUCAUUUGAAGUAUUUUGCUGAAAAAAGAACAAACAUUUGUAAAUAACUGAAGGCUGGCUGGUUUGGGGAUGCUAUUUACAAAAAUGUAUACCCAUUAUACUACUAGUGAAAUUAAGACUGAAUAGCUGAUAGAGAAUUUCUAUUAAUACUUUUGGAUGAACAUGUAUCUACUUGCGUGAGGAUUCUAUGCAAAGUUUCCACUCCCUCAUCCAUCUAUUCAGUCUCCUUUAUAUCUUCUUGAUCCGAAGUACUGGAGAUGUCAUCAUCUGUUUGUUCUCCAGAGAAAUAUAACAUCAUUGCAUGUGUCUUGUGAGUUAUGGUGACAGUGCAGGGCCCUUGGGCCCAAGGCUCCCCAUCCACCUGCAUCGGCAUCAUGGAGCACUUCAAAAUCAGCUGAUAUUAGAGAACAAAUAAUGUUUAAAGUCAGUCCCCCAAAAUUUAGAAAGCUCUUCCUUAAUAAUACCAUCCACAAUCCCUUAACCCUUAUGCAUUUCAUUUUUAGAAAAUAUUAAUCUGAGUAUGUUUUUAUUCAUUGAUUAAGGAAUUCUUUUUUCAAGUGAACGUUUUAUCUCAUGGAUCUUGAGCCAUGUUUCUGUUUCUUCCUCAUCCCACUCUAGCCCCUAGUGUACAGUGACCAGCUGCAUGAGCCAUAAACCACUGUUUAAAGAAAGGUAUAGCAUGUAUACUUUACAUAUCAACAGCUUAGAAUUGGAUUGGGACAAAUUACCCUGUUACAGCUAUAUUUCACCUACCCUCACUGUAUGUGCCUGUCCUAUUCGAAAAGGAUUAGCCAGUUUUACUUGAAUCUGAGCACAGUGGAAAGACCCAUAUACUCCAACGACUUCCAGUAGACCAUCGUCAUGCCUAAAAUUAGAAAAAGAAAAUAUGGAUUAUAUGAUGCAAUGAAAUAAAAUCAGUUAUGCUAGCGCAAUUACUUUUUAACACAGUUGGACCAUCAACUUAAAAAAUAUUUACAACUAAUGAGAUAUACAAAAAAGAAAA